AUGAACCGACUUCGCUUUGAUUUCUCUGCCUCCAAGAUUCCACCAACCAGUUCCGGCUUGGCUGUUAAUUUCCUGCCCUUGACGUCUUGCCCACCACUUCAUCUCGCUAUACUGCUUGCAAAGGAUUCUCCGGGAGAGUUCGAGUGUCAUGGUGAUCUAAAACUACGUGGGGGGAAUGAUGUACGGAUGGCAAAGAAGAAGCUUCGAAUGGCAGCGUAUGAGAUCACAUCACCCGUAAAACUAGUCGGUUUUCUAAUAAGCCGACGGUGUUUUCGGCUUGAGGAGGAGUGGGUAGCAGAUUCCUUGUCUAGUAGAGAUGACGGAGUGAUGAGGAGUGUUGCAAAGGUCCACAUCUUACGUACUCAGAAAACGGUCGGGGGUAAUAAUUCUUGGCUCUAUAUUCAACGACGAGAGGCCUCUCGGGACGUUCGAGGGAUCUGGGAUAUUGCCUCCGAGGCGGUAGAGGAUUAUUUUGGAGAAAUCGCACCCGUGACGAAGCGUCAUGUUGCUGUACUAAUUCUUGAUGCCAAGGGGGAUUUGAGAUUUGGGGAUCUUAUGAAUCGUUCCGCGUUCAGUAAUGGCAUGGGACUCUGUGGUAGCCGCUCGUUAUACGCCCUUCCGUCGUGCUUGGAAGAAGUGGUUUCGGCAUUUAGCGACUGUUCUCGCCCUGGUGAUGCGAUUGAAAAUAGCGAUUCCUCUGAGUCUGGAAGCUCUUGGGAAAUUGCUACAUCUGUAAUGAAAAACAUGGUAGAGGCUUUCAUCAGUCCCCAGCCACCGACCCAGCCCCGUGAUCUUCAGCAUAUUAAUAGGACUUUUUUGAUGAAGGAGCCGUAUUCUUUUCGAACAAAAUCCCCCGGGCUGAGGUUUUGUGUUCCCAAAAACGAGUCUAAUUGGCCCAGGGUCGAUUGUCUUCGGUUUCGCUACCAUCCCUGUUUCCGGAUUCCAACAGAUCCUGUGCCGCCUGCUCUGCCGGAUAACCCGCAGGUCUAUGCCGUCGAGAGCGGUAUUGUUGCUGGAGCUCAAAGUGGCAUAGUUUUAGUGGAGAUCUACACGGAUGGCGUUUACCGGGGACACCGGGAGUUCACCAAUAAGCCGGAGCGGGAGGUUCUGUUGCUCGAACAUGACCUCCGGUGGAGCCUGCCAGAUGGUCAUAGAACUGUGCCUUUGAAGCUCAAGAUAUAUUCCGCGGGGCAAGGGAAAACUGUUGUGGAAGACUUUUCGACUGUCAAAAGUUCAAAGGUCCAAUUGCCAAAUGGUUAUGGGGUAGCUUUCAGGAGCUCCUCUCUUGGGGGACCAAAGGCUGAGGGAUCCAGGCCUCAACAGCUUAUAUUGCAUACAGUGACACCCGGAAGGGUAUUGACAAGCAUUAGGGUAUUUCACAAUUCGGCAUUAGGAGGAUUAGAGUUCAUGUAUGAGGAUUCAUCAACGCAACUGUUUGGCCGUAGGGGGAGCAGCGAGAGCCAGGAAAAGGUUGAGGUUUCGGACUUUCCUUUAGAUACAAGAAAGGGGGAGAGCCUACUUGGAUUUUGCGUGCGCUCGGGAGCUCAGGUCGAGGGGAUUGAAAUCUUGACGAGCUUUGGACGCCGAUCGCCGAUGUUCGGAAAUCCACAUGGUGGUGGCGCAAGCAAUACAUUGAUACCUCCCCGGGGACGUUCCAUAGCUGGCGUCUCAGGAAGCUAUGCCCAGUGUGUCGACGGGUUUUCAAUACUCUAUAAAUGA